GCCGCGGCCAUGCCCUCGGGGGCAGCGCUGCCCGUGGCGCUGCUGCUGCUGCUGGCGCGGCUGGGCUGGGGCCGCCCGGAGGCCAUCCAGUGCCCGCCCUGCUCCGAGGAGAAGCUGGCCCGCUGCCGGCCGCCGGUGGGCUGCGAGGAGCUGGUGCAGGAGCCCGGCUGCGGCUGCUGCGCCACCUGCGCCCUGGCCCGCGGGCUGCCCUGCGGCGUCUACACCGCGCGCUGCGGCGCCGGGCUGCGCUGCUACCCGCCGCGGGGCGUCGACAAGCCCCUGCACACCCUCAUGCACGGCCAGGGCGCCUGCAUGGACGCCGACGAGGUGGAGGCCGUCCAGGAGAGCCUCCAGUCCACAGAACAGGAGGAGGUUGAACUCCCCACCAACAUCUUGAACCCCUGCAGCAGCCACGACAAAAAAUGCCUCCAGAAGCAGCAAGCCAAACUGCGCGAAAGGAUGAACAUGGGGGUUAAGAUGAGGAACACUGGGGUCCUACCUGCCCGGGAGGAUACCCGGCCAGUGGUCCCAGGCGCAUGUCAGAGUGAACUUCAGAGAGCACUGGAGAGGCUAGCAGCUUCCCCACCCAGGACCCAUGAGGAUCUCAACAUCAUCCCAAACUGUGACCGCAAUGGGAACUUCCACCCCAAACAGUGUCGCCCGGCGUUGGAUGGGCAACGAGGCAAAUGUUGGUGUGUGGAUCGGAAAACCGGGACCAAGCUGCCAGGAAGCCUGGAGCUCAAGGGAGACCUGGACUGCCACCAGCCUACAGAGGGAGCCCAGGCGUGACUUGACUGAU